AUGUUGUCAUACACCGUUCAAGAACAAUCAAAUUCAACAACAAACAUAUGCUCAUCAUCUUUAACAUCAAGAAUAUACAACGAUGACGAUAUUUUUCAUGUACGAAAUAAACCGUUUACUUAUCCGUCAAUGUCAGCAGCCGCGGCAGCAGCAGCCACACAUGGAAUGUACACAUCACAAGCAUUUCCCGGAUUUGGAUUCGGUUUAUACGACGAUAUCACACCCUUCUCUGAUCCCACACGAUCCUCAUUUGCUUUGGCAACAAAACGUGAACGUCCCGAUCCAAAUAUUGAUGUUAAAUUAGAAAAUAUGCAUUUAUGGAAAAAAUUUGAUGGAAUUGGAACAGAAAUGAUUAUUACAAAAAGUGGGAGAAGGAUGUUUCCAAUAUUUAAAGUGACAGUGACAGGAUUAGAUACAAAUUCAAAAUAUAUUAUGUUUAUGGAUGUUGUACCAGUUGAUAAUAAUCGAUAUAAAUAUCAUAAUUCUCAAUGGAUGAUAACGGGUGCUGCUGAACCCCAUAUGCCCGGAAGAUUGUAUCCACAUCCAGAAAAUCCAGCAACAGGUAGUCAAUGGAUGAAACAAUCAAUAUCAUUUAAUAAAUUAAAAUUAACAAAUAAUACCAUGGAUCAACAAGGACAUAUUGUCUUGAAUUCUAUGCAUAAAUAUCAACCACGCUUACAUAUCAUUCAAGCAUCCGAACCAUUAUCAAUACGACCGGAUGCUGUUAAUACAUUUACAUUUGUCGAAACAACAUUUAUUGCCGUAACAGCGUAUCAGAAUGAACAGAUAACUCGAUUAAAAAUUGAUAAUAAUCCAUUCGCUAAAGGUUUUCGCGAUCACAAUGGUCAUAGUAGAAAAGAUACACGAUCAAUGAAACGAAGCAAUCAAUCCAAUGAUAAUGGAAAAAAAAUUAAAUUAGGUAGUUACAAACCCAUCCAUAAAAUGUCAAAUAAUCUGCACAAUGAGUUUUUUAAUUCAAAAUUCUCUUUAUUUUGUUGUUUAGAAAUGUAUACUCCUGAUUCAAAACGUAGUAAAUCUAGUAAUGGUGAUGAUCUUACACCUGAAUCGCCCACAAUUCAAACUACAAUCAAUUCAACAUCAACUCCGAUUGCAGCAACAGCUGAUUCAACCACCUAUUCCGAUACGGAUAACUAUGAUUUUCAUACAUACAGAGAUUCAGCAAAAAAUAGUUUAUUAAACAAUUACUAUUAUUCAUCGCCAAUAUUUUCAUCAAAAUUUCAACAGUCAUUUGCCAAUCAUCAUCAUUCAUCUAGUUCAUUUAGUCCGUAUACGACGAAUAUUCCUGGUUUAACCAAUCCAUUUGCACGCUAUUCAACGAGUCCAUUUAGUCCAACAUACAAUCCAUAUAGUCAUCCACCUUUGUACUAUUCAUCCUAA